CUUAUUGAAUGAUGGUGGUGUAAGUUAUGUUGUUUCUAUACUAAACGUAAUUUAUAUUGUAUCAUAUUAUGGGGUGUUCUCUAUAUUUUUUACUAUAUUCCUUAAAACAAAAAUAAAUCACAGCGUGCGUAAACGCUGAUUUGUUAACGGGAGAUGACGUAAGCACGUCCGCAGCCUAGCAGCGGAAAAUACGGCGUAAACAAAGAAGACAGUUUCAAGCUCAGCUAACGCUAAUUACCGUUAGCUUGCAUUUCGCGAGUAAAACACGUUACUUAUUGUAGCUAGACGUGGUUUUAUUGUAUUCGUAUUUUUCUUCCAUUCUUAUGAUGACGGGCUCAAUCGUGUGUAGAGACUGAACUCAAGCGAGUUACCGUUAAUAAGAUACCGUUAUCGCUAGCUACAUUGGCUUUAGCUAACCAUUGGUAACGGACGGGACACGGAUUUUAAAUAUCUGGAAAUGGAUGUCAUCUGAACUAACACCCGAUAACUGCCCGUUAGUUUUUUAGCGUUGGUUCCGCCGAUCAUUUACAAAAAGGUGCUGACGUUGAUGCCGUUAUGAGUUCUAGCUCCGCUGUGUUAACUGAUUCAAGAAUCGAUCCGCUCGGCUCGUGGUUUUGACGCGUCUGGAGAGAUGACCACUUGAUCACAGUCACCUGGACUCGGACGGCGAUGUUUAGCCUGAUGGCGAACUGCUGCAACUGGCUGAAACGCUGGCGAGAGCCCGCAAGGAAGGUGACUCUGGUUAUGGUCGGGCUGGAUAACGCAGGGAAGACGGCCACGGUUCGAGGAAUCCAAGGAGAUAAUCCACAGGACGUGGCUCCUACUGUGGGGUUUUCCAAAGUGGACCUGAAGCAGGGCAAGUUCGAGGUGACAAUCUUUGACCUGGGCGGCGGGAAGAGAAUCCGGGGCAUCUGGAAGAACUACUACUCCGAGUCGCACGGCGUGGUCUUUGUGGUGGACUCCAGCGACGUCCAGAGGAUCCAGGAGACACGUGAGACCAUGGCUGAGGUCCUGCAGCACCCGCGCAUCGCAGGGAAGCCUGUGCUCGUGCUUGCCAACAAACAAGACCAAGAGGGAGCGCUGGCGGAAGCAGACAUCAUUGAGAACCUGUCGUUGGAGAAGCUCGUUAACGAGAACAAGUGUCUCUGUCAGAUCGAGCCGUGCUCUGCCGUGCUAGGCUACGGCAAGAAGGUCGACAAGUCCAUCAAGAAGGGCCUGAAGUGGCUCCUCAACAACAUCGCCAAAGACUACGAGGCCAUUACUGAGCGCGUGCAGAAGGACACGGCCGAGCAGCACGCCCAGGAGGACCAGGACCGGAAGGAGAGGAAGAAACGAGUGCAGCAGAUACGAGAGGAGAGAGAACGAGAGGAGCGGGAAGAGGCGGAGCGGGAGGGCAGGCAGAUGGUCCAAGAGGAGCCCGACGAUGAAAACGUACCCAGCCCCUUCCAACCAAUCAGCAGCGUGAUCUCUGAGAAGGAUGAGAAGGAGCGAAGGAGGCAAGCGGAGCUGCAGGAGGCCCGGGCCAGCAGCCCGAAGACGGGCCCUGAUCGGGAGGAAGAGGAGGAAGAGGACGGUGACGAGUCGGAAAGCGUCAGAUCAGCCAAAACAGGCGAGCAAGACAAGAAGAAGACGCCGCCGCGCAAGCUGCACCUGAAGCGGAAGCACCGGGUGGACCCGCUGAGGACGGAGGACGGGCCGGCGGAGAGCCCCACCCCCCCACCUCCCCCCGUGGGAUGGGGCACUCCCAAAGUUUCUAGGCUGCCGAAACUAGAAGCACUCGCGGACUCCAGACGUUCUGAUUUUUUCAAGCCCCUCCCGCCUCUUGCGAACAGGCGGCCUAACGGCGACGCUGCCGACGUCAUUUUUUAACCUCCAAUCAUGGCUCUCCUCUUUUGCUUUGUGUCUCAAGCGAGCAGCGUGUAGACAACAGAGCGCGCGCGCGGGGAGGCGGGUCGGCCUCCCGGCGGGGGGGCAGGCGGGUCGGCUCCGUGGGAAAGGAAGUCCCGCUCAGAAUCCUGCCCGGACAUCGUUUGAAAUCAGCUUCUGCCUCCACUCGGGGAAAAAGGAGCGUUGUUUUUUUUUUUUAUUUUGGAUGUCAGUGUUAGACUCUGGACUCCAUUGGUCCGACUGAAACGGUUUUAAUUGACAAGGAUUGUCAAUGUGUCCGCUACAACCUUAGACAUAUAUAUAUAUAUAUAUAUAAUAAUGGAUUUGUAUACAAGCCGCCAUUAAAAAUGUGUUUUCCUCAUUUAUUUUUGCACCAUGGGUUUUGUAGUUUACACUAAGGUGUAUGAGAUAACUUGCAGGUCAUAAGUGGCUUUUCACAGUGGAGUGCUUUAAAUAUGAUCUUCUCAAAGUCAAACAUUUCCCCUUUGGAAUUUGCGGGAGUGUUUUGCUGUACUGUACAUGGAUAUGUGUUACAUUACAUCAUCGCUUUUUAUCUGUUCAUCUUUAAUUACAAUGUCUUGACCUUUCACUAAAAUACAUCCAUGAAAAUAUUGGUUAAAUCAGCAUCAUAAAGAAGCUUUUUAUGUAAAGGUGGAAAUGUCUUUCUCUACAGGGCUACAGAUUUUAUACGCAUUCUGCUGUUUACAGCGUGUAUGUUUUUAAGGUGAUAUUUCCCUCGUGGCAGGAACCAACCUCAGACGCUCCGCCUCUCAGGUGAGAGCCAGCGCCCCCGUUUUUUACUUUGGGGGGGGGGGGUGGGUGAGGCAGAACAUUUCAUAUUAAAAAAGCUCAAACACAAAUGUGGAGAAAACAACAUCGCCCCAGUUUAGUUUGUGCGUGUUGGAGGAGUUUUUGGGACGAGAGUCAUCACAACACGGCCACCUGGAACAGCACGUUAUUGGGUCACAACUCAUGAGAGUUUGCGUAGCAAAAAGUAAUUCUUGAAAUAUCACUUUAAAACACUAUUGUUAUUCAGAACUAUGGAAUAGCACUCACUCUCCUGGUAACGCGCUAGAUGUUGGAAAAAUGUUUUUUUUUUUUUACUCUCCAUUUUAUAACU